AGAGAGACAGAGAGACAGAGAGAGAGAGACAGAGAGACAGAGAGAGAGAGAGUAUACGGGAAGGAAAAAGCAAAUAGCAAAGCGAUGCCAAUUAGACCGGCAAAACCGGCCCGGAGCAGUGGAGAGCAUAGGCACUAGACUACUUCUGCGUCGUUGGUUUCAUAAGUCACAAUUUCGAAGAUAUUAUUUUUUCAGUUGGCUUCUUCAAUGCUAGUGGCACGAAUGGAAUUGUCUUAACGUCACUGACGGCCACAGCAGUUGGACUGCAUUUUAAAUCUGUGUGCUGUGUCUCGCUCUCAGCGGAUUGAACGGACGUUCCCUGAACCUGCUGCGAAGGAAUAAGGGAAUUUCAGCACCCUGGACAACGACUAGCAAUUGACGUAAACCGGUUGGCUAAACUCACCAGAUACUGGCUGUGACGAAGCCAGCACGUGGCAGAGGCGAGAGAGGAUGCUGCGUCUCUGGCCCAGUGUGAGAACCUCCCCCUGGGGAAGCCGGCGUCGGACGCAGGGCCCCACGGGCUGCUGAUCCCCCUUCUGUGUCUCUGUGAUUUAUGACUACCGGGGAUCUGGCCACUGCAGACUCCUCUCUCACGUUCACAUUCACAAAUACACACACUGCACCACUGGACAGAACCACACACACUGCACACCCGUGCCCAGUGCUGCCCCAUAGAGUGACUCCACCACACACUGAACAAAAUAAUCUCUCUCAGCCUCCACACUGAGCCACACUCACUGAGGGACUGAGCCACACACACUGAGGGACUGGGCCACACACACUGAGGGACUGAGCCACACUCACUGAGGGACUGAGCCACACACACUGAGGGACUGAGCCACUCUGCCCCAUACAACCUCCCAUUGCACCAGUGUGUCCUAUACACAGCCCUCUGUGUAUCCUCCACUCCCCUGAGUGUGUAGAUUAGCAUCCCAGUAUGAGUCAUGGAUCGUCAGCCUAAGAGGCGCCUGCUUUACUAGCAGAGGUGGAUCAAUGGAACUGCACUGAGUGAUGAGAUGAUGUUCCUGAAUUCGCAUGGCUUGAGAAAAAUCACCUGACAGCAGCCGUGCAAAGACUGAUCCCCCCUAACUUCACUGUUUUUAAAUCACUGGACUGACUUUCCCUGGAUGGACUCUUCGUGGACAGACUCUUCGUGGACAGACUCUCCCUGGACUGACUCUCCCUGGACUGACUCUCCCUGGACUGACUCUCCCUGGACUGACUUUCCCAGAACUGACUAACUGGACUGACUCUCAAAGGACUGAGUAUGACUCACUGGCAUCCCCCAGGGAUAACCGUUAUCCCCCUUUGACAUUUACAUUUUCGACACGGCCAUGUCCCUUUUUCUGAACCCGUUCUUUUUCUAAACUCGGAAGCCGUGGACUGGAGGUGAGAGCCAGCGGGCGGUCAGCUCCUCACCAUGGUGUUGCCGCCCCCGGACAAACGCCACGUGUGCCUGACCACCAUCGUCAUCAUGACCAGCAUGGCCUUCAUGGAUGCUUACCUGGUGGAGCAGAACCAAGGGCCCAGGAAGAUUGGCGUGUGCAUCAUUGUGCUGGUUGGGGACAUCUGCUUCCUCAUCGUGCUGCGUUACGUGGCCGUGUGGGUGGGCGCCGAGGUGCGCACAGCCCGCCGCGGCUAUGCAAUGAUUCUCUGGUUCCUCUACAUCUUUGUACUGGAGAUCAAGCUCUACUUCAUCUUCCAGAACUGCAAGGCCGAUAGGAAGUCCCUGGAGACGGUGGCCCGGAAAGCCUUGACUCUGCUACUGUCUGUGUGUGUCCCGGGGCUUUACUUGGUUCUAGUGGCUCUGGACAGCAUGGAGUACGUGAGGACCUUCAGGAAGAAGGAGGACAUGCGGGGGAGGAUCUUCUGGGUGGCUCUAGAUCUUCUGGAUCUUCUAGACAUCCAGGCCAACCUGUGGGAGCCUCAGCGGACCGGCCUGCCCAUCUGGGCCGAGGGACUGAUGUUCUUCUACUGCUACGUCCUCCUUCUCACGCUGCCCUGCGUCUCCCUCAGCGAGAUCUCCACGCAAGGGGAACACGUGUCGCUCCAGAAGAUGAUGCUCUACCCUGUCCUCAGCCUGAUCACCAUCAACGUGGUCACUAUCCUGAUCCGCGGGGUCAACAUGGUGCUGUUCCAGGACAGUAGAGUCUCCACCAUCUUCGUCGGCAAGAACGUGGUGGCGAUCGCCACGAAGGCGUCCACCUUCUUGGAGUACCGGCGUCAAGUGAAGGAGUUCCCUCAACCGCAGAACGCCAUGGCGUUGGAGCUGCAGCAGAACUCUGUGGGCCACGGACAUACACCCCACACGUCGCACUCGCAGCCUCUGGCCAACUCCACCAUCCUGCCCCACGAACCCUCGCCAGCACGACACAUGGAAACAUGACCGCCAGCACUGGACUGUCUGGACACCAGCGGAGCAUCUCCACCGCUGUCGUCAGUGACUAACUACAGUGACUAACUACAGUGACUAACUACAACAGAACUUCUGGUGUAACUCAUUCUGUCUAUCCAGUCUCUGAGAGUUUGGUAUUAAGAGAGAUGUGGGUUUCAUGACGGGAUGGUAUUCUUCUGCCUAUCAAGCCCACUUGAACAACAGAGGAUUUAACAACUAGAGGGAUAUUUUCAGCCUCUGUGUGCCUGUCUGUCUAUUGGAGAAGGAUAAAGAUUCACCUUCUUGAUUCUGACAGGAGUGAACUGAUGUGGUUUUAUUUGUUUUUAAAUGAACAAUUUUAUUCUGCAGCUGAGUAAUGUAUGUUGUGUAACAGUACAUUUUACAAUUUGUUCCUCUCUGAAUAUCUGUGAUUUUCUAAAACCCCUUUCGACUGUCCAUUGCGUAGGCUUUUUUCUUUGUAGUCUUUAUAAAGGAGGUAUACCACUCGCCCUACAGAAUCACUAAGUUGAAGUGGAGAAAGAGAGGAUGGAGAGGAGAGGAAGGGAAGGAGAAAGGAGCAAUAAGAAGGGUGGCAUUAGAAGAGUGAAAUUCAGCCUCUGCUUUAAUUCAGCUGAGAAAGGAGCGAACUGGAGUCUGCUGCCUCGGUCAGUGUGAAGCUUUACGAACAACUGGGCUGCUGCCACGGUCAAUGUGACGCUUUACGACCAACUGGUCUGCUGCCUCGGUCAAUGUGACGCUUUACGACCAACUGGUCUGCUGCCUCGGUCAAUGUGACGCUUUACGACCAAAUGGUCUGCUGCCUCGGUCAGUGUGACACUUUACGACCAAAUGGUCUGCUGCCUCGGUCAGUGUGAAGCUUUACGACCAAAUGGUCUGCUGCCACGGUCAGUGUGAAGCUUUACGACCAAAUGGUCUGCUGCCUCGGUCAGUGUGAAGCAUUACGACCAACCGGUCUGCUGCCUCGGUCAAUGUGACGCUUUACGACCAAAUGGUCUGCUGCCUCGGUCAGUGUGACACUUUACGACCAAAUGUUCUGCUGCCCCGGGCAGUGUGACACUUUACGACCAAAUGUAUGCUAAAAGCACCAGAGCUCAGCACUAUACACUCUACUUGAGGCAGCCAACCGUGUGUGUGAUUCUGCGUGUGUGUGUGCUUGUGUGUGUGUCUGCGCGUGUGUGUGUGUGUGUGUGUGUGUGAGGGGGCAGAGGGGUGCUUGUGUGAAACUGUAUUUCAAGUUCAAGUCUUGUCACAUGCACAAGUACAGUGAAAUGCUUCACUUGCAAAUUUACCCAGCAUUGCUGUAAUCAAUAUCAAAAUAUUAUAACU